UCUGGGAACGGAGGCGCUUCAGCCUUGCAGUCUGACCGACACUGAAUGAGAACGCACUGAUUCCUGUUUCAAAAUGUUGAAGUUUAUGCCUAAACUAUGUCUGCUACUGCUUGUAGCCUUCCCGGUGACCAUUCUCAUCAAAGGCCCGGUGGCGAGCGCCCAGGACCUGACGGAGGAUGAGGAGGCUGAGGCUGUGGAUGAAGAUGUUGUGGACGAUGUGACGGCUGAGGAUGAGGAUGAUGAAGCUGAAGUAGAAGACGAUGAAAACACAGAGCUGACGGAGGAGAAAGAUGAGGAAGAGGAGGCGCUGGUGGGAGAGGUGAAGGCUUCGCCCAACGCCGACACCACCAUCCUGUUCGUCAAAGGAGAAGACUUCCCGGCCAACAACAUUGUGAAGUUCCUUCUGGGUUUCACCAACAAGGGACCAGAGAACUUCAUGGUUGAGUCUCUGGACGCCUCCUUCCGUUACCCUCAGGACUACCAGUUCUACAUCCAGAACUUCACGGCGCUGCAGCUGGGCACCGUGGUUCCUCCGGGCCGCCAGGCCACCUUCGAGUACUCCUUCAUCCCGGCCGAGCCGAUGGGAGGCCGGCCGUUUGGACUCGUCAUCAACCUCAACUACAAGGACAGCAGCGGGAACGUCUUCCAGGACGCCGUCUUCAACCAGACAGUCACCAUCACUGAGAAGGAGGACGGGCUGGACGGGAGAAACGUAAGCACCGCAGAGAUCUUCAUGUACGUCUUCCUGUCCGGUCUGGGUCUGCUCGUCAUCGUCGGCCUUCAUCAGCUGCUGGAGUCCAGAAAGAGGAGGCGCCCGGCUCCUAAGGUGGAAACGGGAACGUCGAGCCACAACGACGUGGAUCUGAGCUGGAUCCCUCAGGAGACGCUCAACCAGAUCAUGCAGAGCCGCAGAGACAAAGCUUCUCCCAGACGAUCUCCUCGCAAGCGGAACCAGAAACGCUCGGCCGGCUCAGACGAGUGACGGGCGCCGUGGCGACCCUUCAUCUGUCCGCCAUGAUAGGAGGAAGAGGAGGACUGAAGCCGUCUGAGCGCGCUCAGUCCGUCUGUCUGUCUGCUGAGGAACUUGAACCAGUGCCAAGCACAGCGACGGCUGGCUCCACUUUCAGCUUAGAGACUGUCGAACAAACACACACACACACACACACACACACACACACACACACACACACACACACACACACACACACACACACACACACGACUCCACUGCUUUUCAGUUAAAGGUUGUUUUGUUUUUUCUAACCAGAGGAGAGGAUUUGUUUUGUUUUUUAAGCCUUAGUGAGAAACUGCUGACGUUGCGUGGAGACGGCGCCUCCUGCUGUUUCCUCUGGUCUGGCUCUUGUUUCAGCUCCAGGAUGUUUGUGGGAGCAGCUGGUGUCGACUCAGCAGGUUAAACACUGGUUGGUUAGUUGCAGCUCUGACCCUCUCUUCAGAUGAACCUUCAUCUCCUCUGUUCACAGCCUGCUUUUCUGUAGCUUCAGGGUUUAAAUCUGAACGUGGAGCGCUGUCAACGCUUUCAAUUUUUCAAUCUUUUAGUUUUAUGUUGGAAAAAUCUCAACUUUCUCUUACAUUUAUUUCACCAAACAUUCUGAUAUCUGAUCAGAAAACCUCUCAAUUUGAUUGAAUAACAUGAAUUUUUAUGCCGUUAAUGAUUUCUCCCUGAAAUUAAUCCAGAAUAAAAACAGGUUAAAUCUGCAGCCUGCUGGAUUAAAAUAGCUCUGCGGCUGUUUGUGGUGAUGCGUUCAGGGUCAUUGUGUAUUUUAUGAUUAGUUUCAUGAAGCUGGGCUCCUGUAGCGGUGAUCUGGAUGUUUUUCUGAGUUAUAACCUGCUGAACGGUUUCUCUCUAAGCGGCCCGUCUGGACCCAGAACCUCCACUAUCGGGUCGGAAAGUUGCUGAACUGGAAGCACUGGUUUCUGGCUAAUUUAUUCCAGUUUGGUCUUCAGUGGGCGGGGUUUCUGCUGUCCUUGUCUCCCCACCAGGGGGCGGUGUUUGCGGUUCAGAGGCUGUUUGUUGGAUUUGAAUUUUACUGUGAAGAAUCAAACGAACAGCGGAGACUCGGCUCUUCCUGGACUGAAUUCAUUCAGUUUCAAACUUUUUCUUUGAUUUGCUUUUGAAGAUGCAGAAAAUAAACCGAUGAUUUGCUGUAAAA